UUGUUGCCGUCAUCAAAUUCAUCAAAUACAAUAAAAGAUGUGUUAAAUUGCAGACUGAAUACGCCUAUUUAUGAUAACAAAAUACGUUUUGUAUGUAUAUCAGAUACACAUGAAAAACUUGAAGAGAUUUUGCCGAUGAUUCCGGAUGGUGAUGUACUGAUACAUGCCGGCGAUUUCACAAAUUACGGUGAUAUUGGUGAAGUGAUCAAAUUUAAUGCCGAAAUUGGUAAAUUACCACACAAAUAUAAGGUAGUAAUUGCUGGAAAUCAUGAAAUUGGUUUCGAAGAUGGUGAAGAGAUGAGCGAACGACAGUUAGCUGGUUUAAGUAUGUUAGGUAUUAACAAAGCCUACGAAAUGCUUACCAAUUGUAUUUAUUUGUGCGACAGAUCAAUUGAAUUAUUUGGCAUCAAAAUUUACGGCACACCGUGGCAUACAAUGCCCGGUUACUCCUUCUACAGAUCUCGAGGACAAGCAAUUAUGAGCAAGUGGAAUCUAAUUCCGACAAAAACUGAUGUUCUUAUCACCCACAAUCCUCCAUUAGGUCACGGUGAUUACAACAGUUGGCAAAAGUGUGACGGACUGUUGGCUGGAUGUGCCGACCUAUUGAACACGGUGGAGAAACGAGUGAAACCAAAAUACCAUAUCUUUGGGCAUAUCCACCAGAUGCAUGGUGCGACCACCAACGGUGUUACAACCUUUUUGAACGCCUCAAUAUGUGACCAUAAGUUGAGACCAGACUAUGAUCCAAUAAUAUUUGAUCUUCCAAUUCCUCCAGGACACAGCAAAGACGAAUGA